CAGAUGAGCUGUUGAUUGAGCCUAUUGCACAUCAGCCAGUGGUCCAGCAUGUACUGUACUCCGAUUGGCUCAGCAACCCUCGAAUGAUCGGCACGGAAUUUGUACUGAAUGAGUGGGUGAAUGAGUCCGUGAACAUAUUUGGGAGGACAGAUGAUGAAUUUGGGGGGUGUUAACGAAUUAAAAUGGAUGUGAUGGAAACAGGAAGGCAUAAAGUGAUCCGGCGUGUUUAAUUGUGCAGGUGGAACCAGGCCAGAGACAGCAGUGAGGAUGGGAGGUGGAGGCCAGCUGACGGAGCCAGGAGAGCCUGGCAGUGGGCGAGAUGAUGGCGUUUACACCUGGGAGGAGGUGCAGAGACACUGCAACAGGAAUGAUCAGUGGAUGGUCAUCGAUCGAAAGGUUUAUAACACCACACAGUGGGCCAAAAGGCACCCAGGAGGGUUUCGGGUCAUCGGACACUAUGCUGGAGAGGAUGCCACGGAGGCGUUCACUGCUUUUCACCCUGAUCUAAAGUCUGUGAAGAAGUUUCUGAAGCCCCUGCUGAUCGGAGAACUGGCAGCGACAGAGCCCAGCCAUGACCGAAACAAAAAUGCAGCAGUAAUAGAGGAUUUCAACACUUUACGUGAUCAGUUAGAGACCAAAGGUUUCUUUCGAGCUCAGCCUUUGUUCUUCUGCCUCCAUCUGGGUCAAAUCCUGGUGCUGGACGCCCUCGCCUGGCUGAUCAUCUGGAUCUGGGGAACCAGCUGGACGCUGACAUUUCUCUGCUCAGUCAUACUGGCGAUUGCUCAGACGCAGGCUGGAUGGCUGCAGCACGACUUUGGCCACCUGUCUGUCUUCAAGAAGACAAGCUGGAAUCACUUAUUGCACAAGUUUGUCAUGGGUCAUUUGAAGGGAGUUUCUGCCAACUGGUGGAAUCAUCGGCAUUUUCAGCAUCAUGCGAAGCCCAACGUCUUCAGUAAGGACCCUGAUGUCAACAUGUUGCACCUUUUUGUAGUUGGAGCUACUCAACCAGUCGAGUAUGGCAUAAAAAAGAUCAAAUUUCUGCCCUACCAUCACCAACACAAGUACUUCCUUCUUGUUGGACCACCGCUUCUCAUUCCAGCUUACUUUCACGUUAUGAUAAUAUACACAGUGCUAUGGCGCCGUGACUGGGUGGACCUGGCCUGGAUUAUCUCUUACUACAUUCGCUUCCUCUGCUGCUAUGUACCCAUGUACGGUGUGUUUGGCUCGAUCGCACUCAUCUGUUUUGUCAGGUGUUUGGAGAGUCACUGGUUUGUGUGGGUGACUCAAAUGAAUCAUCUGCCGAUGGACAUCGACCACGAGAAGCACCGUGACUGGGUGACAAUGCAGUUACAAUCGACCUGCAAUAUUGAGACGUCUCUCUUCAACGACUGGUUCACCGGACACCUCAACUUUCAAAUCGAACACCAUUUGUUUCCCAGGAUGCCGCGCCACAACUACCACCUGGUGGCCCCAAUGGUCCAUGCACUGUGUGAGAAACACGGGAUUCCUUACCAGGUGAAAACGAUGUGGCGAGGCCUCGUUGAUGUUAUCAGGUCACUGAAAACCUCAGGGGACCUUUGGCUCGAUGCAUAUCUCCACAAAUGACCAAUGAACCUACACUGAACCCAAAAGGAGUGACGUUUUUUUCCUCUCCGGCGUUGUUCUUUGAUUGUAUCCAUAUAUCGGUUUUACAGGGCACAAAGUUAGCACCAGCCAGCUGGUAGAUUUAUUUCAUUCACCAGCCAAAAACCAAACAUAAUCUAUUGAAUGGCUGGUAAAAAAAUAAAUAAAUUGAGCAUUAACUAGCUGUUUGAACAAAAAAAAGUACAUUUUGCACCAUGGUUUUAUAAUCCAGUUGACAGUGUGGGAAUGAUCUUUUCAUAUCGCUCGUGUUAUAGUUCAGUGUUUUUACAUCCUGUGCAGGAUUUUUAGUGCUCACAGGAUUUUUCUCUAAUUGCCUUACAUUAUCUUGAUCAAUAGUGGUCUGGUGUUAUAAAUACAAUUGUGAAAACUGAGUGUUUUGUGAGUAAUUUAAAGUGACGACUUUCUUUAUUUAUCAUGUGAUACAGUUUGAACAAUAGAACAUGACAAUUACACGGACAAAUUAUGUGUAACCGAGGAUGAAAAUAUUCUGCACUUAAUUUAAUUUACUCUUGUUCUGAUCUCACAGUAUACAAUAAAGAAACUGUAUUGAC